AUUCAUAAUAUUUGAAUAUUUCUUUUUCCCGACAAUUUGUUUUUCAACUCGGUCGUUUUCUAGUUUUCUUAUUUUACCUACCGUUUCUGCAUCUUACGUAGAACAUACACGUCGUCGCGAUGGAUCAAUAUAGAAAGAAACGAAGGAAGAGUAAAUUUUUCUUCACAUUGAAUAUGAUCUUGGAAGGUAUCGCUAUAGGCGCCGUUAUAUAUUGUACACUCUUUUCCAGUUGCGUACUGGGCAACGAGGUCAGUGGCCCUGUGUUCAUAUUUCUGCUCUUCAUAUUCUCCGCCUUCAUACCGGAUGUCUGUUAUGUUCUUCUUACACCGAAAUUACAUACGCUGGGCAUUGAUCCGUUGGGUGUCAUGUUCAACUUUUUAAUGGGUGUACUUUGCCUUUUGAUCGGCCUGGGUCUCAUAUUGGUAAUGCUGGCAUUCUGUGGUUAUUAUGCACAAUUCAUUUUGGUGGCCGCUGGCGCUUUAAGCGUGUGCUCUGGUAUCUUUCAUUUAAUGAAUGCCUGUAUGUGCCACAAAUCAAUACCGAAGUCGGAGAGGUAUUAUAAGCCACGGCGCUCUAGGACUCCAAAAAAAGGCAAAGAACAAAAGCCGGCUAAAGCCGACAAGAAAGCCAAAUCAGCUGAAAAGAAAACAGCGAAGAAGUCAGAAAAGAAACCGGAGAAACCAGUAAAGAAGAAGGCACGGAAAGCUGAGGAAUGUGAUGAUGGGAAAAAGGGCAGAAAAUAAAAUGUUCAAUUUGACAUUUUUCAUGUUUUGUCCUCCUUCUGCAGACUAUAUCAAAAAGAUUUUCAUUAAAUAUUUGGAUUUUUAGUUUUUUAAUAAUAA